UCACUGGCGUCCCCGAGGGCCCAAACCGUCCUUCCUUGGUGGGGUGCUGUAAACGAACUCUGGGUCCGUUGCAAUCCUGCUGCGUCCGACACCAGCAAACAAACCCAUCGUGGGAAGUUUCCAGCUCUAACCCGCAGGGGCAGGAUGGCCCCCCUGCUGGGGAAGCGGUCCCGGGCCUCUUUGUUCAGCCUGAUGCUGAACAUCUCUCCUGAAGUUUGGUGUCUUGCAUCAAAUAGCCACACGUUAAAAAAGCCUGCGUGCUGAUCAUACCUCACGCUAAGAAGCAGAUCUUUCUUGCCAUCAACAGCUCUCUUAUCCCCCCCCUGAAAAAUCAACCCUAGCCCUGUGCUAAGCUUGGCUACGGCUUAUUUUGUACUUGCCUUCAGUUGCUGCCCCCUCCCGGCGUUGCCACGGCUGUCACAUCCCCGCUGACAACACCAGAGGGGCUUGCUGCACCGCUGGCGCUCAGGGAGGCCACGAGAGCUGCCUUGGCCUCCUGCGGACCCUGGACUGGCUGCAGACCCUCGACUUGGCUCUGCCUUGGUGAAAGGCUGGUUAAAAUCCAGGGCAGGAGCUGGGAGAGCACCACGGUGGGCUGUCGCGCAAGGUGUCCUCCUGGGCUCUGCAGCUUCCCACAUCCACGUUCUGGUGGUCGCAGACGUGUCUGAUCUGGACCAGAGACACCACGGGACAAAGUGUUGGGAAGGGUCCUGGUGCAGGCUGCUUUCCUUGGCUUCCCCCAGCUCUUAGUCGCCUUUUCCCUGCGCGACAGCCGGUUACCGGCUCUGUUUUGCCACCCUCCGGCACAGCUGGUGCGAGGAGAGGAGCAGCUAGGACCAUGCCCGCACGCCAAGCCCAACCUCAUGGUCUGCUCUUCACCUUCUCGGUCCCUCUCUGUUUUAGACACCUCACUUUUAUCUCUUUAACCUAUAUUACAAGGGGUGGGGAGGGAGGAGGAGAGGAGAAGACCCAGGAACUGCCCUGCACACCCACCUCUGCCCUUACAGCCGCACAGCCCCGGCGUGCUCUAACUGCGUUAACUCCCUUUCAGGCCAGAGGACAGGCGCUUUCCUCGGUCUGAGAUGUGACAAUAACAAUGACGUGGCCAUCGCACACGUGAAAGCGCUGGACAAUAAACUGUGCUCUGAGGCCUGCUUACCUGGAUCUGCCCCGUGGCCUCCCUGCCCCUGCGCACCUCGUGGAUGCUGGACCUGCCCGCUCUGAUCUCCCUGGGCAUGGCUGACGGCUGGUUGAACCUCCGGUCAGAAGAAGAGAGAGGGCAGGAAAGCAGCAUGGGGGACUCGAGCAACCUGGACGACAGCCUCACCAGCCUCCAGUGGCUCCAGGAGUUCUCCAUCAUCAAUGCCAACGUGGGCAAGUCAUCCUCGUCCCCCAGCGGCACUGACCCUCAUGACUACCACAAGAUCCCCGGCUCUGUGGCGCCAUGCUCCCCGCUGGCCGCCGACCCUGCGUGCAUGGGCAUGCCCCACACCCCUGGCAAGCCCAUCUCCUCCUCGACGUCCAGGACUGCGCACCUCGGCGUAGGCAUGCACGCUCAGCCCAUGGAAGACAUAGACUACAAGACCAACCCGCACGUGAAGCCACCUUACUCGUACGCCACGCUCAUCUGCAUGGCGAUGGAAGCCAGCAAGAAGACUAAAAUCACCCUCUCCGCCAUCUACAAAUGGAUUACUGAUAACUUCUGCUACUUCCGGCAUGCUGACCCCACCUGGCAGAACUCCAUCCGGCACAACCUAUCCUUGAACAAGUGCUUCAUCAAGGUGCCCCGAGAGAAGGAUGAGCCAGGGAAGGGCGGCUUCUGGAAGAUAGACCCCCAAUAUGCCGACCGGCUCAUGAAUGGUGCCUUCAAAAAACGGAGGAUGCCCCCAGUGCAGAUCCACCCAGCCUUUACCAACAGAGCCCAGCAAGAAGCAAGGUCCGUCACUAGCUCGGUGGCUUCCUCUUGGACCAGCAAUAACGUCCUGAAUGUCAACAUAGAGUCGCAGCAGCUGCUGAAAGAGUUUGAAGAAGUCACCGGUGACCAGAACUGGAAUCCAGCAGAUGGAAAAGCAGGCCACAAGCGCAAGCAACCAUUGCCUAAACGGACGGCCAAGUUAGCUCGGCUUUCCAGCUCUCCCUUGCUCACCCAGGAAGAACAAACCGAGCUGGGAUCACUGAAAGGUGACUUUGACUGGGAAGCCAUCUUUGACACCACCUUGAAUGGUGAUUUCUCCUCUUUUGAGGAUCUGGAGCUCACACCUCCAAUCAGCCCAAUAACUCGAGACGUGGACUUGACAGUACACGGCCGACACAUCGACUGUCCACAGGAGUGGUGCCCUGUAGGACAUGACCAGAUCCUGACCGAAUCCAACCAGAACAGCCUGGACUUUGAUGAAACCUUCAUGGCCACUUCUUUCCUUCAGCAUCCCUGGGAUGAAGGGAGGAACGAUUACCUCUCAAACUCCGUCAGCGUGGACCAAUUGUUUGAACUCAACGACACUUCUUUGCCAGUGGAUGUGAAUGACUGGAGCAGUGUGGGAUCCUUUUUAUAAGAGGCCGUUCAUGAUUCGAAGGACCAUAUCAAGCCCACAUAGACUUUACCUAUUAGCAGGAUGCUCCCCCCGUGCUGCUGGAACUUACAAGGGACAAGAUUUUCGAGAGACGGAGACAUAUACAGUGACUUUUAUCAGCUUCAUAGUAUGAUUAUUCACACAAAGACCCGGGGGGAAAAACCAGUAACGCAGGAAUCACUUGGUACAUCUUUAAAGGACACAUCACAAGUCUCUGGUCAUUGAGUUUGCUCAAAAGAAGAAAUUUAACAGUACUUAUUUUUUUACUUUUAAAGAAAGAAAUGUGAAUUACCAUUUUUUCAUGGAAAUGGACAAGGCAUAUAUUCCUUUUGGGUUAAAGGCGAGCACCUGCUAAACUAGAUCCAAGAAAUGAGAUUCCUGGUGGCUUAGGACUCUGUAGACUAUGUGCAAUUUCCUCAAUCCUUCUUCUCUCUGUUUGUCUCUCUCUCUCUCUCUCUUUCUCUCUCUCUCUCUCUCUUUCUCUCUUUCUUUUUUUUCUGUCCAGGGAAGUUCCUAGGUAUAACAUGUGAUAAUUAGCUAGCAGGCAAAUAAAGGUCCCUUCUGGAUUCUCUGAGUUCAGCCUCCCUCCUGAAUUGUGCCUAGAGAAGAAGAAAAGGUCUGUAAAUUCAGAUGCAAAUCAGCAAGUCUGCCUCUUUAGAUGUUUUUAUAUAAUCUAUUAUAUAUUAUAUAUUCAAAGAAACCUAUAUUUUUAGCAUUAGAUUUUCUUUUCAGUGGGAGGCAGGGGAAAUGCAGUUUGGAGGAUGUUUUAUAUUUUUACCAUAUAAAGGCUUGUGUUCAUUGUUCUGCAAAUUAAGAAUGAAGUGUACGGCAUGUCUGCUCUGACAAAAUGCAAGGGAGGAUUCCUACAGCGACAGCAACAGGUUUCAUUAUGGAUCCAGAAAACAAACACAGCAGGAGAGGAGCAGAGGGGACUGGCACUUUCCUAGAAGUGGCUUUCUUAUUUCUGUACCCAACGUCCUUGCCAUGGUUGCCGUAGGGUCUAGCCUUGCACCACCUUGCACCCUCUCUGUCUUUCAACAGCUGACAAAACCUCUCUCCCUUUUCUGGUCUGAAACUGUUGCCCUCCCCUUCUUUUGCUUAUCUGUCAGGCUCUGAGCAGCUGACGGGACGACACAGGACCACAAUUUAAGGAUGAACUUUUGGGGGAGCUGUGAGCUAGGAGCAAGGAAAACAGCCGUGGUGUGUUGUGUGCAGUCCCUCACGGCAUGGCCGACAGCAGCUGUCACCGAUGGGGUCGCUCUUUGUCUGGAAAAUUUAAUGUUCUGGGAUGGGACCAAGGAGGAAUAAAAUCUGGAUCCAGGCUCUGUCCACAAGUCUCAGGCCAAAGACUGCGCGCAUGCAACAGGCUCUGGGAACGACAGCGGAGAUGAAGUCCCACCGCCAACCUAACAGACCAGCCCAUUUCGCUCCGCUAUAUCCUAGCCCCAUAGGAACAGCCGGCACUCAGCACCUCCAGCAAGCUCGCAACGGUCACCCUGCUCCUUCCCAUGGCACCGCGAGAGGGAAGUGCCACCGUCACCCCCGCAGGUGGGCACAGCUGGGCAGGCAUCGGCAAAAUGAUUUCCCUGGGGCCAAACAGCCUGCCCAGGACCCAGCUGCCUCCCUGGAGUGGGCACGUGGGCAAGAAGCGUCUUCAAAGCCACCAGAAGACGUUAUGGUGUCGCUGAGCACCUGGAAAGCCAAGAGAGAAAGGGCCCACUUGCCUUCAGCAUUUCUGCAGCCUUUGAACCAUCUGGCCGGGAGCAGAUCAUCAGCUGGGGUAGCUGCGAGGGCUGCAGUGAUUUACACGGACUGGAGAUCUGGCCCUUUGACUCUGCUUGUAAAGACAGCUUGGCAGGGUAUCUGCAAAGUAGGUCUAGGCAGCAUAGAAAUGUUACGGUAGCCGAGCAAAAUUGUGCUAAAACUUGACUUGAAGCUCUAGAGAACUGGAUUCUUUGCCUCUCCUUUGCUACAGGUUAUUAGAGUUAAGGUAGCUGCUAGCUAGCACAAGGUAAAAGCUGUAGCUUCAGUGGUGUGUCUUAGACUUGCCGAAAAAUGGAAGAUGAUAAAGAUUUUCUUUUUUGGUUACAAAAGAAUUUAGGACCUUUGAUGUGAGCAACAUAACUUAGCUGGAGUCUAGCUGUAGUGUAAAAUAAAAUAAAUUAGUCUGAAAGAAACCCCUUGUAGUAACUUGCAUCCGAGGUUGCAAAUCCAGUGCUUUGCAAGGGAGGGGGUUCAGGCAAGGAGGGCGAGAGCCGCAGCUGGCACGGGGUGGCCGGAGCCGCCCCGGCACACAGGUCCCAUCACUGGCAGCGGGAGCAUGAGCACGAGUCCUGGAUCCACCCAGCAAAGCAAGGGACGGGCUGGCGGCACUGAGCCCUGGUCCCCGCACGGGUCACUCCAACACCGACCUCCCGGUGCUACAUUCGGGGCGGAUGAACGGGGAGAUUUCGCCCAGCCCAUUGCUUCCCCAGCCCCCCUGACUCGAUGUCAACAAACAUCUGCAGCUCACGCAGCCUCCAAAGCUGGGGCUGGGGUGGCUGUGUCAGGCGGGCUCGAAGCCCACCGCGAUGCCACCCUGCAGCGAGCGUUCCCGGUUGCAGGCUGUGUUCCUGAGCAGGGAGGUACCGCUGCCUCCCGGGCACCACUGCGCCUCGCUGCGGCUUUGGGGGUCUGUGCAGGUGUAUAUACGUGUACUGGUGAUGCUGCUUUUUCAUUUGUUCCUUUUGUUUCGUAUUCCUGUUUUGGGGGCCUCCUCCAUACUGAUGCUGAAGAACUGCAAAGAUACGUGUGCAAUUUAACC